CCUUUGUAGUCCCUCCGGCCUGGGCAACCCUUUCCUUAGGAGAGAGGAUGGCAUAAGGAGGAGCACGGGACCUUUCAGCGAUCGUAAAAGCUGCCUCGGAGCCCAGAGUGAAGAUGCAGGAGGAAGACACAGCCAGCCCUGAAGCCAUCAAGGUUGGAAGCCAUGGGGGAUUCUGGGAACGGACCACUCAGACGAUCCUGGCCGGGAACACCCUGGGCUCACACAUUCAGCGCAAGCGCUUCAGGCAUUUCCGCUACCAGGAGGCCGAGGGACCCCGAGAGGUUUGCAGCCGACUUCACGACCUUUGCUGUCAGUGGCUGAAGCCUGAAAGGCAUACAAAGGCCCAGAUGCUGGACCUGGUGGUCCUGGAGCAGUUCUUGGCUAUCCUCCCCCCGGAGAUGGAGAGCUGGGUCAGGGAAUGCAGAGUGGAGAGCACUUCCCAGGCGGUGGCCCUGGCGGAAGGCUUCCUCUUGAGCCAGGCUGAGGGGAAGAGGCAGGAAGAGGAGCAGGUGGAGGGACGGAGAGGAGUGACCAACAGCAUGCCCAAGACAGAGAAGGCUCUGCUGGAUCUCACACAGAGUCUGCAGUCCAUGCGGAUGAUGCCAGAGGGGAGCGGAAAAGUCGCUUCCCCAGGUGGUGAAAUGACCCUGGAGCUUCCUUCCAGCCUUUCUCCUCGUUGUGAUGGUGGUGAAACUAUGGCAGUGAAGUCACCUGAUCAGGGCCCAGUGACCUUUGAGGAGGUGGCUGUGUAUUUCAUGGAGGAGGAAUGGGCUCUGCUGGAUCCUGGCCAAAGAGUUCUGCACAGAGAGGUCAUGGAGGAGAAUUAUGAAACUCUGGCCUCUCUAGAAUCACACAAACCAGACCUCCUCUCCUGGCUGGAAGAAGGGAAAGAGCCAUUUGUCUGGAGUUCAGAGGAAGGGGAGAGAUUUGCAGGUACCUGCUCAGCCGGUAAUGGGCAAAACAAUGAGAAUUACAGGGAGCUGUCUGUGUCAUCACUGGAAACAACUAAGCAAAAGUCGGGAAAAGGACUGUUUAGUUUCUCUUAUGCGUCUUUAGUUCCCUUUAAUUUCCAAUCAGAUAACGGGACAAAGGAGUCCUCUACUCCUCAGGGUCCUCACAUACAUGAACUCCUGAUCCCAGAAGAACAUCAGACAGGGGAGGCAAAAGAAAAAUCUGCAAUGUCUGGUAAAAUAUUCAGAGAUGAAUCCAACACAAAUGGGCAUCACAGAACUCAUCGAGGGGAGAAACUUUAUAAAUGCGCAGAAUGCGGGAAAAGUUUUGGUGACAAUCUUGAUCUUCAUGCACAUCGAAGAACCCACGAAGAUGAAAAACCAUACAAAUGCAUGUUGUGUGGGAAAAGCUUCAGCCAAAGCUGUAACCUUUCAUCGCAUCAAAGAACUCACACUGGGGAGAAACGCUAUAAAUGCAUAGAGUGUGGGAAGAGCUUCAGCCGUAGCAAUACCCUUAUUUCACAUCAAAGAACCCACACCGGGGAGAAACCGUACAAAUGCAUGGUGUGUGGGAAAAGCUUCAGCCAAAGCUGUAACCUUACAUCACAUCAAAGAACUCACACAGGGGAGAAACCGUACAGAUGCAUAGAGUGCGGGAAGAGCUUCAGCCGUAGCACUACCCUUAUUUCACAUCAAACAACCCACACAGGAGAAAAGCCGUAUAAAUGUAUGGAGUGCGGAAAGAGCUUCAGCAGUAGCGAAAGGCUGAAUAGACAUCAGAGAACUCACACAGGAAAAAAACAUCUUGAUAUAUGGAGUGUGGAAAAAGCUUCAGUUGGACAGCAUAUAUUGGGCAUCAAAGAAUGCACACAGGAGAGAAACCAUUUAAAUGCUUGGAUAUCUUACUAAACAGUAAAGACGUCAAACCGUACAAA